UGUGGUGAGAAUAUUUUGGAAGAAAGCACUGUCUCGAGGUACGGGCAUUCCUUGACACCUGACGAGCCUGUAAUCUUAGACAAGAAAGGUGACGACUAUGCCCUGUGGUCGACAUCGCAUCCACAUUUGAAAUACUCGCCAAACUUUAAAUCUCAUUCGCCCUCUCAGAGUUCCUACCAGAGUGAAAUGUACAGUCCCUGUGGGUCGAGUCCAGGUCGUGGAGGUAUAUACAUGCCCAUGAGCCCGGCGACAACGGCCCAUUCGCAUUCCCGUGGAUCAUCCCUUGUGGAGGAAAGCAACGUGGAUGGCUAUGUACCGAUGGCACCAGUUGGAGAUGACGGUUACGUUGAUAUGGAUCCUGUAAAUAGUCAUAACGGUCACUUUUCGGACGAUAUGUCGCAGAACGAUGGCAGUAGCUGUUCUGUUACGUCUGGCACGCCUAGUACGGAUCUGCGGUUUUCUGAGUAUCAUUUGGACAAGGUAACCAGCUUUUUAACACCCGGGGAAGAUCUGCAAGCCAGACAAACCAGAGCUUACUCCGUUGGAUCGAGACCGGAACAAGCUAAUAGGCAUCGUAAAAACAGGUUGGACAUUACUCCGCAAGACUCCAACAGAGUACGAGCAUUUUCCGUAGGUAGUCGGUCUAAGAGGCCUGAAAUCGGAAGGCUAGCCAAUGUAAUUACUGCGCCAUUACCAGCUGGUUCGGAAACCUCGAAUUCGAAGUCGAGUUCUGCACCGUUGCUAUCGAGCUCUUGGGGACACAAUUCCGGUUGCUCUGGAGCGUCCGAUCGCAUGGAGGAUCUCAUGGAGUUGGAUUUCACGAGGCCCAGUAUUCCAACCGCUCUCUCUUCGCCUCCGACAUCAUGUUCCCAACCUCAGUCGCAACCGCAACUGUACUCUACUUAUUCUACUGCCACCGACACUAGUUCCUACGUCGACAUGUCGCCCGGACAAGCUCCCGUAUCGACUACUGCCCCAUACGUCGAUAUGAGUGGCAUAAAUAAGAUCAAUCGCAAUAACAAUAAUAAUACAAUCACUGCCAACCACAAUCAUAGCCACAUGCAUAUAUCAUCGCUAACUUUCGCUCAUAAACCUGUAAUUACAACUUUAAAGCCGGUAGAAGAAGCGGAGGGACCUUAUAUGAAAAUGGACGGUACGAUAGAAAUAGAUUGGACGCAUUCGGAAGCGAGUCCGAAACAAUUGUCAUCACCUAUUCAAGAGGAUACCUAUCAAACAAAUGGGCCACCAGGUAGCACAAGAACAGCACCUGUAGAUCUUCCGCAACCAAGGCGUCCUCCGGAGGGCUACGUCGAGAUGUCUUUUAAAGCGCGACCGAGUUUAGAACAAGACUACAUAAAUAUGAGUAUGGGUGGGAACAAUCGAAACAAUCGUAAAACACGAACGGGCAAUCGCAAGGAAAAAUCGCGAUCGCAACCAAUCGCGAUUCAGGCGGGCAGUAAGCCAUCUAAAACUCCAAAUUUUCUACCUUUGAACGGAAGUCCGACAUCCGAGAGUCUAGCGAGCACGCCCGCCUCUCCGCCGCGAGCAACACCAACGGGUUCAUCGGCUACGAUUUUCCCCUUUUCUCUGAAUAGUCCUCAGUCACCUGUGAAACCUUUUACGAAAAAAAACGAUGAGUUCUCCACGACAAAAGGAGAAGAUUUUUCUAACCAAAAUAAAAACAAUGAAUACGCAGUGAUGGAACCCGCAAAUACGGUUUACACAUCGUGUUCUACCCCAUUGACGGAGACGAUAUCCUCAUCGAACGCGAAUAGCGAGAAGCCACCUAGUCCUGUAGAGAAGAAUGUUCGAGUUAUAUUAAAGUCUUCGUCAUCUCAAGAACAUGGUAAGCCCAUUAAUGUAAUAACAAAAAAACUGUCGGAUCUAACGGUGUCGAAACCGCGUCUCGUCACGGCCUCGCCGAACACCAGUCCUACCCUGACGGGUUUCAAGCCGUCGACCGUGCAACAGCCGAAGCCAUCCUCGCCAAAAUUCAUCGACGAGACUCCCACGCCUACGCCCACAUCUACACCCACGCCCACGCCAAGUCCGUUGGACAGCGAGGGCUACGAGAAGCUUCAACCGGGCGCGACAAUACUGCAUUAUGCUAGUCUCGAUCUGCCGGAGGUCGAUAAUCCAGCGCCCGUGUCGCCGGCGUCCACGCAGGAGAAUUUCACCUACGCCGAGAUCGACUUCGCGAAACUCAAGCAGACCUAAAAUAUGCGCUAUCCUGAAUGCGCAUAUUUUGCCGCCCCCGUGUCGCCGUACAAGGCUGUGCGUGACGGGGUGGUUUGGCUGACGCCUCUUGUGUUCCCCACGAUAGCAACGAGUAGGCAGGGUAUAAUCGAUCGUUCUGACAUUGGCUCUGCUGGUCUAACGAACAAGGCGCCGGGUAGGAACUGUAUAUAUAAUUCAUUUCUUUUUCUCUCCAGCCUAAUGGCAUUAUACCGCUCGCCGAUCUUUCUCAUGUAAUAGAUUGGCAGCCUAUUUUACAUUGUUUGAGAAAUAAGCAUCGUUGGUACCUAUAGUUCUGGUUGUACUGCAUUAAUAUCGUAUUUUAUCAGAAUGAUGUGAAAUUUUUUAAUAUAAGCGAAAUACACUUUUUUCUCGCUGAUUCCGAAGAGAGUCCUCAAAUCUGUCCACAUGUAUGCUAUUUCUAAUAUUAAACGAUCGGUAAUUUAACGGAAAAGAGCAAAUUACGAAAACGUUAUCUUUUAUUUUUAGUUAAAAUAAUAUAUUUAUAUAAUCGGAAUUAGUAGAAGAAAUUUUUUUGAUAUUAGAAUAUAUCAUCUAGUUAAAUGAGAGUCGCUUGUAAAAAUGUAUAAAUCUUUUAAAUUUUAAUUUUGUUAGUGGAUUUGCGUGUUAUCUCUAUCAAAAUUUGUUUUGUUUUGUAUUAUAUUUCUAGAUGCUGACAAGCCAAAUAUGUAUAAGUCAAUUCUUUUGAGAUAUAUAUAGAUAUAUACACACACCAAAUUUAAACUUGUAUAUUUAUGAUAAUCUCCUAAUAUAUAUAUGACGAUGAAAUUUAUUUAUAUCGAUUGUUUUUGGAGCUGCUCGUACGUAACAUAAAUUCUAUUAUUUUUCAGUACGCGUAUAAAUUUUAACGACGUACAUUUUAUUUGCCCAUUGUAAAUUAUAUUGAACUUGAUUUUUCGAAAAAAAAAAUCUGCACAUUAUUGUUUUGUACAGGGAAUAGCAUGUUACUCUAUUUAUAUGUUUGCUUACUUACCUUAACGUUUUAUAACAGCCAAAUUGUCGAAUUCGGAUAUGUUUGUGCAUUGUUUUUAAUUAAAAGAAAAUAAUCGUAUACAUAUGUGUGUAUAAACUUGCGCGACAUUGUGUGACAUAUAAGAUAUCGGCUUCUAUUUUAAAUGUUUUAUCUUUAUCCAAAAAUCUCUGGACAUUCAAUGAGACCUUAAAUAACGGAAUCUGCGAAAUCUUAGACGUAAGGGAAAACGUGAAACCAUGGAUUUGCAAUUUUUAUAACUCUUGAAAGGAUCAUUCUAAAUCUAUUCUUGCGCAGAAAUACGUUCCGACGAGAUCUCGUCGGUCUUCCACGAAAUGGAUGAAAAUUUUCACAACUUCAACGAAACUCUGCUUUUAGACGUUGCGACUAAUCCAUUGAUAUCAGCGUUAAUUGGAAUUGAAUUAAACGAAAUUGAGGUAUCGUAAGCUUUAGGAAUAUCGCAUAGAAUACGGUGGUGUGUAACAGUACACUACCAGAAACAUAAGUACUGAAAGAGAAACGCGACGGAUCUGAUCUUCGUAACGAUUAACUGCGAACCGGAUGAAAUUCCGCAGAGCGAAACCGAUAUUCAAUAGAUACCGGAAGUACACGUCAUUGCGCUCUCGCGUCUUCUCUGUGCCGAAUUUUAAUCCGAUUGUCUCCUCGCGAAAGGAAUGUUACCCGCCAAUGUUAGAUCGACAUCUCUCAUAGAAUUCGUAUUGCAGACAAAAUAGAUGUUCCGUACACAAUGGCAGUAUACAUGUGUUAUAACGCUUUUCAUAUAAAUUAUGACGGGCCGAAGGCGCCUUGAAAGAGCUAAUUCGGCCUCGUAUACACACGUACACGUAAACAUACAGUCGCAUGACGCGUAUACAUAUAUGCAUAUUCGUGCUGCAGGAUAUUCUGUGAAAACGGUACAACCGACGUGCCGAGGGACGAUACAAAAAAAGAUGAUGUAGAGUAAUAUUUAGUAAGAGGA